AUGAAUCGACGUCUGGAGCGGCUCUACGAGCUCGGUGUGCUGAGGGCCAGAUUGCAAGCAGACGAGGAGGGCUUACCCACAUUCGUCGCUAUGCCUAACAAGCCUCUCAAGUUAUUGGCACCAGCCAAUUAUUACCGAGUGUCUGGGGAAAACGAUUUUGCUACGAAAGCCUCCACAGCAGUCAAUUCUACUAGGCUUCAGAUCUUAGGAGACCUCAAAGCCAUGGACGAGUUUCUGGCAAAGUCGACCACGAGUGCCACAGCUGAGAAACUGGCGGAUGGCGAAUCCCUUACGAGGUAUCCUCAGGCCAUGGCCCGUAUCAUUAGAUAUGAUGGCGACGACGUCGCCCAUGAUGUUAAAGAACAUGACGAAAAUUCCUUCGUCAUCAUCAACGCUUUUUCCGAGGAAAUGGCCCAAGCCAGAGACGAAGACCCACGCGCCUAUGCCUGGGGGAAUGUGGCACGGGCAGCCGAACAUAUGAGAAAGUUCCUGGAAUGGCAACUGAAUGCUGAUCUAUUGGUGUCUAUGAACCAGGCAAUGAAUGGUUUAGACUUGCCAUCGGAUGAUGAGGAAGUGCGCUCGGAACAAGAGGUUGACUAA